UGCAAGUGAAACGCAUCUCGGGAGCCGCGACGCAACGACCACGACGACGACCACGACGCUCUGUGUUUAGAGUUGCCGAAGGCGCGAGAGAGAGAGAGAGAGAGAGAGAGAGAGAGAGAGAGAGAGACACGAGAGGGAGGGACAGACUCGCACAGACUGAUUGAUUCGUAUCGAAUCGCGCGAUUUUUACUUGUCUCUUACGAUAAGCUACCACAGCCCAAAAAUGUUCGUGUCCACACGCCACCUCUCGGUGCUCUGGCUGGCCCUGCUGCUGGCAGUGUCGAUCGAAGCUCGCUCGGCCGAGCCGUCCUCUCACCCCUCGAACACACUGGACUCCGACCCCCAGCAAGGUCGGUCAGCAGGCGGCGUGUUCGGCGAGCUCCGCUCGGUCUACCAGAUCUACAAGGACUGCUCCGGCGCCGAGGUCAGCAGCUGUCUCAAGCUCAAGCUCCUCUCGACGAUGGAGCGCGUCUCGCGCAGCGCCCAGCUCAACAUCGUCGAGGGCGUAACCUUGGUCAAGGACGAGCAGGCCGCCAGCCAACCUGAGGAGCCCAUCAGAUCGCCGCAGGAGAUCGAGGCUUCCCUGCCCAGGAGCUUGGAGGACAAGGAGGACGCUCUGAACUCCAUGAUCCUGGACAAGGCUGUCGGCUUCCUCCAGAGCCACACCCUCAAGGUCAAGCUGCCCAAUGUCGAGGAACUCCAGAGGAGCCUCAGCGAGGAAGGCCGUGGCAAGAAGAGGAAAGGCAUGGGAGGACUCCUGGCCAUUCCCCUGCUCAUCGGUGGAACCCUGGUGCCCCUGGCUCUGGGAACCCUGGCCCUCUUGGCCGGUAAGGCCCUGAUCGUGAGCAAGCUCGCUCUGGUCCUGGCCUCGAUCAUCGGUCUGAAGAAGCUCGUCUCCAGCCACGAUCACGGCCACCACGAGGUGCACAGCGGUGGUGGCUGGGCCAGGGCUGGCCAGGACCUCGCCUACUCGGCGUACAAGCCCAUCGUUCCCGCCGCCGCGUCCUGAACUGAGACGUCGAUGACGGCAGCCUCACCACCACCAGUCAUCUCUUCUCAUCAUCUCGCACACUCACACGACAACACGACUCACUGAUCUAACUCUUCUUCAAUCUCUCUCUCUGUCUCUCACUCAUUCUAUACUGUGAUUCUGUCGCUCUUCUUCUCACACCUCCUCUUCUCUCUCGUCGUUGUUGUUAUCUGUCUCUUCUCGUUCGUCCACGCGACACAGUCGAAGCGCUAGCCUGACCCGCCGCGCGACCUGUGUCCCUAGAGGCCCUCUUCUGGCUGGGCCGACUCUGUUUCUCUGUCUCUCUUCACUACCUAUUCGACUGUACUCUCUUUUUUUCAUUCUCUCUCUCUGUACUUCACGCAUUCAUUCUUCGUUCAUUCAUCCAUCAUCUCUCAGUUAUUUAUUUGUCAACUCACUAAACAAGCCACCCACUCAUUCAUUCGCAUCCCUCGUAACAUUUGUGUUUUUUUUCUAUCCUAAUCUACGUUGGUUAAAAACAAACAGAAACAACUAAAAAAAUCGAACUUAAGCGCGGUUCACGCCAAUCGCGAACACGUGUAUGUAUAUUUAUAGAUAUCUAAUAAAUUAUAAGGAGACACCUUUGAAAC